AUGGUGGCACUUCCUUUUACAAUAUUGAGCAGUGACCUGAAGGAAUCAAAGAAGCUUGUUCAGAGACUUGACGUGCCUGAGAGUACAAAGAACUUUGUGUUUGCAAUCAAAGUCCCCGAGCAUGAUUCCACCAUCUACUUACUCUCUGUCCACAACUUAUCUCAGAGAUCUGCUACUGACGCCGAGUGUCUCAUACGUGAACUCCGUCCUGAUGCUGUUGUGACUCAGGUGAACGCUUCAGCUUUUGGAGAAGCUGAGGAGGAGAUUGUGUUAGUAGACGGCUCUACCGGUUCGAUCCCAACGUCAGUUUUUAAAGUUCUUACACGCUGUGUUGUAGACGAAAGUCUUAGCAAAGCAAAGUACCAACGUAUUGCGGGGAACUUGGUUAUGGAGGAGAUUUUUGGGACAGGUUUUAAUAAGCAUCUGUUGGCUGUCGAGAAGGUGGCUGGGGAGGUUGGUUCAACGUUUGUGGCACUUGAUUCUCCUUUUGUCAUGGAAGGUCUAACUAAAUCUCUCACAACACAAGCUUACCAUGGCUCUGCUUUGAUCAAUGUUGAUCAACAAGCACUGAUGCAUAGACUUGUAUCUUCUUCGCAUUAUAUCACUAAAAAAUCAAGACGUGUUAAUGUUCCAAAAUUUGCUCUUUCCACUUAUUACUUACUUGUUCAGAUUCAUAACACAUUAUUUGAUGACCUCCCAGCUAUUAGGAAGGCUCUACGGAGUGCCAAAAAGAUUCUUUCUGAUGUAGAUAAAGGGGAAUCCAUUGAUACAAAGGCUCUUACCGAAGCUUACCUAUUCCGGUCUGCAGUUGAGAGUCUUAGAAUUGCUUCGAACGAUGCCGGUCGGAUACCUAUCGAGAACCUAGGAACCGAAGUUCAGUUCUCAAAGCUCUCCUUUACGGACAAAUCUUAUGCACUUAUGGCAGUUGAGCUUCGUAGCCAGGCUAAAAAGUUUAAGAAGAUAGUAGCGGUAGUAGAUGCAGGUAACCUCGCAGGUCUUAGGAGGCAGUGGAGAACUUGUGUUCCUCAACAAGUCAAAGAUAUGUCCACUGAGCAUACGGGUUUUGAUAGUAAUGAUUCAGGUGCUGGUUCAGGUGCUUUAACACUAUCCAAGGCCAUUCUUGCUUCUCCUGUCUUCAAGAUUUCAACUAUUAAAACCCCGGUGAACCCUUUCUUGACUGGCAAGGCAAUGCCAUUUGCAUUUACCAAAGUGGCGUACCCCUCAACAGUAAUGAGCCUAAUGGCCCCGUGUUUUGCUAGUUCCGGAGCGCAACCAAUGUCUUGGGAGAAACCAUCUUUAUCCGCCAGACAUAUCAGCGCAUUAACAAAGUUUGGUUUGUCUUCUGCUCGACGUACUAGCUUCUCUGCCAUGAGAGCUUCAUUCUAUACGAUGAUGAUGCGGAAAAGACUAGUGAAACCUAUCGGUGCCUUACCAAGGGUGGUCUUUGGAGCCAGUCUUGUAAUUUAUGCGGGAUUGCACCUCUUUGGAGACGGGAUUGAAUGUGCAGCUCUGACUCUUCCUUCAGCUUCUUCGAUUGCAAAACUUGGUCGAGGGAUUCAAAACUUACGUGAGGCGUCUCUGGAAGUGACAAGGAGAGGAAACAACAGGGUACAGAACACAAGGGAUGGUCUUACUCAAAGGCUGAGGAACUUGACGCUUACUAUAAAUUUCAAAACCAAAUUUGGUUCGUAA